UUGGUGAAUGUGUGCCGCGAGUUUUUGUUUUUCCUGCCAACUGUUACCUUUAGCAAACAAGUUGAAAUAUGUGUGUACAAACUGCGUCUUGUUUUGUUUGUUAAACCUUGGUUUUGUGAGGACUUUGUUACAUAAUUGAAGCCGCAGCUGUCAAAAGUUUCCCUGCCUGAAAAUGUCCGUUGAUAAAGAAGAGACGCAGCAGAGGUUAAAGGCAGCAGUUCAUUAUACUGUGGGUCGCCUGUGUCAGGAGAUGGGACAGGAUCACCGGAGAGAGUUCAGUCGACAAGUCAUAGCAGCAAUAGCUGAGACAGCUUACAGACAAUGUGACACAUUUGCUAAAGACCUGGAGGCCUUUGCAAGACAUGCUAAAAGAAGCACAGUGUCUUCAGAAGAUGUAAAGCUUGUUGCUCGUCGCAGUACUGCACUGUCCAUCUACAUACAAAAUAAAAGUGAAGAACUGAAUCAGGAGCAGAGGGAUUUGAAAAAGAAGAGCACUGGGAAGAGGAAGAGCAGAGACACUGAGGAGGAGAGCAGAGAGUAAGGACAGGACACAGGCAGGCCCGCAGUGUCUCACUUGUGCCCAACAUUCAAAUAAACAUGACGGCUGACUAACACAUGACAAGAAGUUAAGUGUCAAAGGUGCCAAAGACAUUCAGCUACCAAUCCUACAACAGCAGAUGUCAUUUGAUGUAUCACAUAAGUUUAAUGUACUUUCUCUGACUGGUAUCUGUCCUGGGACCUGCUGAUGUAAUGUCAAAUUACAGUGCAUUUGGCACUGGUUCGACAAACAACAACCUGCAUGAACUGACUCCAGAGUACUGACUACAAGAUCUCUGCUAAAUUAUAUACCUACCUUGUUUCAUUAAAAUAACAUGAGUAAUCUAAA